UUUAAUGUUGGGUGGGUAAGCUAGACCUUGAUCCUUGUGUUUCAGUCCUUCAGCCACUAUUUAGAUAAACAGACUCUCUAAAACUUGUAGUUGAUGGCCAAAAAGUGGUUUCUUUUGAUUCUCCUCUUAGUCUCCAUAAUACAGGCUCAUGGAAUUUUGCCAUCUUUCCCGGCCCCGGACCCGGAAACCUUUUCACCACUCUUGCCAGACCCUGAAACUUCAAUAUCCUUAAUUGACUUAGCCUGCUCCAAAACCAUAAACCCCGAAGCAUGCUUCGAAACCAUCCAAACAGAGUGCAUAGAAUGUAGCCCGAUUGCGAUUCUUAGCAGCACCGCAAGGUUGACGCGCAAUGAAGUAAAGAAGGCCAUGGAAUUCCUCUCUGAAUUCAGGGCACAAUCAGUUGACCGCAGAGAAGUAAUCGCCACGAAAGACUGCAUGGAGCUCUUGGAUUUCACAAGUGAGGAGCUCAGCUGGUCAUUAUCAAUAAUGAAUAAUCCUAAUUUUUCUGAAGAGACAAUGUUGCACCGACAAGGAGAUGUACGUGCAUGGCUGAGUGCUGCAUUAGGCAAUCAAGACACAUGCAUCGAGGGUUUCGAGGGCACCAAGGGACACGUGCGAGAUUACAUUCAAGGUAGCCUGCAACAAGUAUCACAGUUAGUGAGCAACAUGUUAGCUAUGGUGCAACGUAUAAAUGAUUUUUCAGUAGUUAUCCCGUUAAAUAAUGCAACAAUGGAGGUUUCUAAUGAGUCUCAUGGACGAUUAGAAGAGGGCAAUGGGGAAUUUCCAAUGUGGAUGUCAUCUGAAGAACAAAAGGGUAUUUUUCGAAAGGGGGCAGGGGGUGUGCGUGCUAACGUCGUGGUGGCAUCGGAUGGAAGCGGGAAUUUCCGAUCUAUUACAGAGGCCAUAAGGGCUGCCCCUGAUUACAGGAAACAACGCUAUGUGAUACACGUGCGGGCCGGGGUAUAUAGAGAAAAUGUGGAAGUGAAGAAAAAAAAAACAAAUAUUAUGUUGGUGGGGGAUGGAAAGGACGUUACAGUGAUUUCCGGCAGUCGAAGUUUCCUGCAAGGAUGGACUACCUUCCACACUGCAACCUUUGCUGUAUCUGGAAGAGGAUUUAUAGCAAGAGACAUAACUUUUGAAAACACGGCCGGCCCCUCAAUGCACCAGGCUGUGGCGCUCAGGGUCGACUCCGACCAAUCAGCCUUUUAUCAUUGUGCUAUCAAAGGUUACCAGGACACCCUUUACGCCCACUCCCUUCGCCAAUUCUACCGCGAAUGCGACAUCUAUGGGACUAUUGACUUUAUCUUUGGCAAUGGCGCUGCCUUCUUCCAAAACUGCCGAAUACUCGCUAGAAAGCCACUUUAUAACCAAAAGAUCUCUAUCACUGCUCAUGGGCGCAAGGACCCCCACCAAUCCACAGGGUUCUCCAUACAAAAUUGUAUUGUGGAAGCCGCAUCAGACUUGGCCCCAAUAGUGAGCUCGGUCCCAGCUUACUUGGGUCGACCCUGGAAGCCAUAUGCUCGGACUAUCUACAUGGAAUCGUAUUUAGGGAGCCUCAUACAACCUGAGGGAUGGCUAGCCUGGGCUGGAAACUUCGCGCUUAACACGUUAUAUUAUGGAGAGUAUAGGAAUUAUGGGCCAGGAGCUAAACUAGAUGGACGUGUUAGGUGGCCUGGGUAUCAUGUCCUCCAUGGCCCAACAGAGGCAAAUGCCUUCACAGUCGAGCAUUUCAUCGAUGGUAGAUCAUGGCUGCCAUCUACCGGCAUUGCAUUUACUGCCGGCUUGACUAAAUGACGGUGUCAUCCAGAGAGUGUUUGUUGAAAACUUAUGAAUAUGAACACUGUGUGCAUAAAAUGUAUCAUAGAUAAUGUUGCCUUUUCAUUUA